CCACAUAUACAAAUCAACCGCCAAAACAACCUUGUCAAGCAAAAAAAAACACAUACACAAAACACAUAUUGAAUUUAUAAGAAUGGCCAAGAAAUCAGGCAAUGCUCUCUUCGGACUAUUCAAGUUGAAGAAAAAGAAGGAACGACAGGAUGAAGGAGAUUCCGAGAGGGACGAGGCGGUUGUAAAGAAGGAGAAGGUGUACAGAAUAUAUAGGAGCGACGAAGACCGUCUCAAUUGGGUGGCUGACCCUCAUAUUGAUGCCAAAGCCACCGCUUUCAUAAACGCCAAGAGACUGCAGUUUCGGUGCAGCAGCGACACCAACGGUAGCGAGGACGCCGCCGCCUCCAAAGAACAUUAAUUAUGUCGUGUACGUUUUGUUGUGUACAUUAUCAUAUGUAGCAUACAACUUUGUUUUUGUAGCAGCGCAGCUUUGUGUAUGAAUUAGCCGCCGCUUUUUUUAGUUUAAAAUCCUGGCCACGCUGAAUUGCUAGUAGUUUUUUAAUCUACUAGCUAGAUAUGUCUCUCGGCCAGCUAGUAUAUGUAAUUAUUAUUCCUCUUUUAUAUUGUUUGGACCAAUUGUAUUGAAUAUCCGAGCAAGAUC